GUCGGCAGGAAGGUCAGAGACGAGACGAAGAAGAAGAUGAAGCCAGACUUCUAGCGGAUCAGCUUUUUGCAGGUGACAGCUGCAGAAGAAGAGAAGAUCACUGCGAACCACUGACUGUUAAACUGAAAUAAGGCUGUGGUGGAACCCUGACCCCUGAUCGGAGAACCAUGUCUGAGCUGUCGGGGAAAGUCCAGUCUGUCCUGGGUCUGCUGGAACCGGACCAGCUGGGCCGCACCAUGACCCACGAGCACCUGACCAUGACCUUCGGGUGCUGCUACUUCCCUCCCCCCCCGGGCGACGAGGCGGUGGCGGAGAACCCGUUCCAGAUGCAGCACAUGCACUGGCUGAGGCAGAACCCCUACAGCUGCCACGAGAACCUGCUCCUGAUGCAGGAGACCGGCGCCGUGCGGGACGAGCUGCUGGCGUACAGGAAGGCCGGCGGGGGCACCAUAGUGGAGAACACCACCACGGGCAUCGACCGGGACCUGCCCACCCUCCGGCAGCUGGCCAAAGACACCGGGGUGCACGUCAUUGCGGGAGCGGGGUACUACGUUGACUGCACCCACUCUGAGGCCACGAGGGCAAUGAGCGUGGAGAAGCUCACGGACAUCAUCGUCGGGGAGGUGCUUCACGGCGCCGACGGGACGGACAUCCGCUGCGGUGUGAUCGGAGAGAUCGGCACCGGCUGGCCAAUCACCGAGAGCGAGAAGAAGGUGCUGAUGGCCACGGCUCACGCUCAGGCUCAGCUCGGGUGCCCGGUCAUCAUUCAUCCCGGCAGGAAUCCCGCCGCCCCGGCCGAAGUCGUCCGGAUUCUGCAGGAGGCCGGCGGUGACAUCGGCAAAACUGUCAUGUCUCACCUGGACAGGACUAUAUUUGAUGAGGGUGAACUGCUGGAGUUCGCUAAACUGGGGAGUUACCUGGAGUACGACCUGUUUGGAACGGAGAUGCUGAACUACCCGUACGACCUGGAGCUGGACAUGCCCAGCGACAGUCAGAGGGUGAAGACCUUGGCGUUCCUGGUGAAGGAGGGCUACGAGGACAAGAUCCUGGUCGCCCACGACAUCCACACCAAGAACCGCCUGACCAAGUACGGCGGCCACGGCUACUCUCACAUCCUGAACAGCAUUGUGCCGAAGAUGCUGAGGAGGGGCAUCUCGCAGCAGCAGGUGGACAAGAUUCUCAUCGGCAACCCCAAACGCUGGCUGACCUUCAAAUGAAGCCCAAGUCAAAAGAAGAGACGCGAGACAGGAGUUUUCAUGUAGCGAUUAUUUUAUCUCCCGCUGAUGGCCGAACACCCCAAAAAGCAUAUUAGCAACAUAACUCAACAAUAAUCACAGUUCAAAGUGAUUCCUAAAUGUGACUUUGAGCCCAAACCAAUAAAUUCACAGUUCACAUGUAUUUAAUGUUCACGUUUCCAAAUUUCAUAGCAAAGCAAAAUGUUUCAUCGCUUUGUAAAAGAUAAGUAGAGGCUGUUGUUUCACUUUUUAUAGACACGCUUUUUAAGUAGAACUUCAUUUUAUAUUGUGAUUAUACAUUGUGCACUUUCUAAGCAAAUUGAAUAUCAGACAGUGCUUCUAAUUAGCAGCGUUAUGUUUUGGUCCCAUCGAUGCAGGUUUUUUUUUCUUUCUUUCUGCAGGAAUGUGAAUUCAGUCUAAGACACAUUUUCUCUAUUUUUCUGGAGGUGAUGUCGACAGCGGUGCUCACACGCACGGUGCUAAUUCAUCUCUUGGUUUUCCGUGACGGCGCCGUAGCUGCUUUCUUUGUAUUUGUUAGUGACAUUUCUGCAAACACGCUUUACGGGAGGUAAAUAAUGAGCGCGUCGGUAAUCAGUAUGCUGCUCGGCUCUCGACACAAUGUGCCUCGUGUUAGAUGAGUUGUCCUGUCGCCCCUCAGUGGGUGUCUGGCUGUCUAUGGGAGGCUGAGUGUCUGGCAGGCCCAGAUGAAGGACAUGUUCUCCUCUCACCUGGAAACAGGUGGCCUCGCAGGGUGACUUCGCCACAUGAUCAAUGGCGUGAUCGCAACAGCUGACUGUGCACGUAUAGGAGAAAAAAAAACCCUGUUAUAACUUUUGAUUAAUCUUCCGAGGGGGAUUACAAAGUGAGCCGGAGGAUUUCAUUUUACAAUACAUUUAACAUUGGGGCCGACAGUGUUAUCUGGAGGGGUUUGACAAUCCGCGGGCAGAUCGAUGAAUGUUGUCGAGCUGGAGGAAACGUUUCUGUCCGAGCGACUGUCCACUUUUUUGUGAUGGUGACUAACUACCAGACCCCCCCCCCCCCCCCCGCCCCAACCAGCUGUCACAUCGAGACAGACAAGAAAAAUGAGUGGCGCUGAUUAUUUUUGAGAACAGUGCUUCAAUGUGAACAUCAGAAUGGCCCUUUACAGAUUUCAACUUCUCCCAAGUGUGCCCGAUGCUGCUUCAAGAGUUUCAAAUGUUAAAUCGUUAUAUUCAUGCAUCACUACAGCUUUAGACAUUUUCACCCAAAAUGCAACAACUAUCACAUAUUUGUUUUUUGAAAGAAUAAAGCACACACGUGGGACUAACAA